GCGAAGACCUGUUGGGACUGAAAGAAUAUCUUCUUUCUAUCCCGGCCGAUUUCCCAAUGGUUCCGCUCACUUUCUCGGAGGAGGACGUGGACUUACAUUUACGGGGUUCAUCCCUGCUUCUGGCAUUGGCUGCGCAGAAUGGACAGCUGGAGGAGGAGCAGAAGGUGGCUCUGGAACAUUUGCCGCAGUUGACCGCGCCGUGGAGCAUCGACCGUUUGCGUUGGGCGAAGGCGGCAGUGCUCACCAGGGCUGGCCCGUGCUUUUCUGCCUCGACCGGUGAGGAAGCCGAAGCGAUGCAAGGCAUUGUUCCGCUGGUGGAUAUCGCGAAUUGUUCUGCAGAUCCCACGGCCCGAUGUCGGGUCGGCACGGAUGAUUCCAUCGAGCUGGUGGCUGCACGCGACUUGCAGGCCGGCGAAGCAGUGACGAUCAGCUAUGGCCAGCAAAGCCAGGAGCAGCAGAUCUUCAACUUCGGUUUCGCGUUGGAUUCUUCCUCCUUGGACCUGCUCACACCUCUU